UCAGAGUUUUAUCCCCCCCCAGUUGUCGUAUGGCGAGAUGGUCUCUGGAGAUCCGUACAGGCACUCCCUCGCCGCCGAGAUCAUUAUCAGCACAAUGUUCCGUGAAAGCCACUUUGAAAGGACUGCAAGCUCCAUAUGGAAAUGACAGCAAUGUGUGUGUGCGUGUGUGUGCGUGUGUGUGUGCGUGUGUGUGUGUGUGCACAAGAACAGGUAAAAGGGUCAAUUUGGCAAGGCAAGGUUAUUGCGGACUGAUUAGGAGCUUUGGAUGUCUUUGCAUGCCUCCUUUUCUGAAUUGGUUUUAAUUUGAUUUAAAUUCAUGAGGGGAAAAUACAGUUUUUAGAUUUAGCUGAUGUUUUACUAAAUACACGACUUUGCAGUAGGUUUGAAAGACUUUGCCAAGUUGUCAGAAUGACUGUUUUUUGCCAAUUUCUACGUAUCCAACUUUCAAGAAGUAGCUCUCAGUUGUUUGUUUUUCAAUAAGAUUCAGAUUUAGGGCAUGUUUGCGCUCAAAAAUAACAACUUGCAUCUAUUUCAAAGUAUAACGUGAGCUCUAAAAGUGUUAGGAGAAGAUUACAGAGGUUUUAAUGUGUUUCGUGAGAAAGGCUUUGGGUGCCACAGUUAAACUUAUCAUCAGCAUUAAUAAGAAUUAUGAAAUGUGUGAAUUGGGCGUUGGUAAAGAGGCUUAUCUGAACUUUAUGUAGGCUAAUCAUUCUCGUCCUCUCGCUCUCUCUCUCUCUCUUUCUCGGUGUGUGUGAGAAUAUGUCCAGACUCCUCCUCUUUAUGAUAAUGUGACAGGAGCAUCUCCUUGUGUGAGACAAGCCUCCAUUCCAUUCCCAAUCAACUAUGUGAUCUCUUUUCUCGCUCAAGUCUGCUCUUUGCGCUCCUUCCAUCCUCUCGUCGUCGCUCCUCAGACUCCCUCAAAGCAGUCAAGCGACAAAGUUACUUUCAUCGACUCCCAAGUUGACUUUUUGCUCCUGUUUUUUUGUUUGCUUUCACCGCCACCGGUUGGCUGACUCGCGCGACCCAACAUGGCAACUCCAGCCCCACCGACUCUUUUACCCGUGGCUCCGCUCGGCCACCACCCGGCGGCGAGUUCCGCGUCCCCGGCCACUCAGUCACCGCCACCUGCAGCCACGUCCGCUACUUCCUCCCCGGCUCCUCCGGCCGCGCGUCCGGCGCUGCUCCACCAUUUCCGGGCGGACCUCUUACUCCCGAACGGUACCCAGUUGAAGAGCGGCGGUGUCGGCAUAGGUAUCGGUGUGGUCCCAGUGUCCGGCAACGGGAACAAGCCCGUGUACGCCACUCCGUCCCCGGUGGAGAGCACCCCGCAGAACAACGAGUGCCGGCUGGUGGAGGUGAAGGGAGCCAAGCUCGCGUCGUUCACCGUCAAAGACACGGAGCUCAUUUGCCUCCCGCAGGCUUUCGACGUGUUCCUCAAGCACCUGGUCGGCGGGCUCCACACCGUCUACACCAAGCUGAAGAGGCUGGACAUCACGCCGGUGGUGUGUAACGUGGAGCAGGUCCGCGUGCUCCGGGGACUCGGGGCCAUCCAGCCGGGCGUGAACCGAUGCAAGCUCAUCUCCAGGCAGGACUUCGAGACGCUCUACAGCGACUGUACCAACGCGAGUUCGAGGCCUGGCCGACCGCCCAAGAGGCUGCAGACGGUGACUGACGGCGCCGCUCACCACAUGCUGUCCCACGGCGGUCUGAUGCACGCCGGGAUCAUGCCUCCCGCAGAUCUGUCCGCCCUGGCUAAGAAGAUCAAGCUGGAGAUGGGUGGUUACCAUAGCAACCAGCAACAUGGCUGCCACAACGGAGAGAACGGCGACCACAGUCCUGGAUUGGUUCUGGACCAGCUGCCCUUCAUGAUGAUGUCACAUCCCCUGAUCCCGGCCAGUCUGGCACCGGCCUCCGUUUCCAUGGCGAUGGGCCAGAUGAAUCGCCUGAGCACGCUGGCCAGCAUCGCCAACAUGGCGCAGCUCCACCGCGCCAACCCCGCCGUCCGGCCCCCCGCCUCCGUCAUUAAGGAGCGAAUGCACGACGACAGCCCCUCCCCUUCCCCCUCGCUGGAGGAAGCUCAGCUGUCAUCCAAUCACAGCAGCGUGUCCAGUUCGCCUUCUCACAUAGACCGCGCCGUAGAAAACACACACCAGCUCUUCGAUGGCGUCACUUUAAGUCACUGCAUGUUGGCACAGUCGGGCCUCAGAGAAGUCGACUCGAUGGAAAGCAAAAGGGGGCGCACUGACAAAGAAUCCAACCCGUUGGCCGCUGACAGACAAGUGUACCACCACCCCCCGCCGAGCCGGGACGGCUGCGAGAAGGCGCCGCACCCGGCGGGACACAAGCUCCCGGCAGGUCUCCAGCACGCUCCCUUCAUCUUCCCGGAAGGCUUGUCCUCCAUAGAGACCCUGCUCACCAACAUCCAGCAGGGUCUGCUGAGGGUUGCCAUAGAGAACGCCCGGGCGCAGGAGAAGCAGGACCACCUGGAGAGGACCGAGCUGAAGAUGGAACUGGUGCGCGAGAGGGAGCUGCGAGAGACGUUGGAGAGGCAGCUGAGCAUGGAGCAGAAGAACAGAGUUCUCAUCCAAAAGCGACUGAAGAAAGAAAAGAGGAAUAAGAGGAGACUUCAGGAGGCCUUGGAGGAGGAGGUGAAACUUCGCGAUCAGGCGGAGCACGGCUUCCUGCAGCACGCCGCCAGCGUGCUCCCGGAGUCUGCGAGCCAGGACGCGGACGUUGUCAAGCUGGAGGACGACAGGAUGGACGUUAAGACAACAGUGCAAGAGGGCCGAGUAUUCCUGCAGACAGCCGGCAUGUAUUGAAAGCAAGAUGGCGGACACCUUUGAACUUUUCCACUCUUCUCUACCUUUAAUUUAUUGCAUUUAUCACCCGAUCCCGGACAGUAGUAAGAGCAAUUCCUUUAUUCCGAUGAUGUGUUUGUUUGUGUUUCUUUCGACCGUCGACGAGGAGCGUAGUUGUUUUUUGUUUGGGCUCAAGCGAUCAAUACAGCUUGAGACCCAGCCGUGUACAUAUCUAGUCAAUGCUUUUUGUUCUUAUAAUCCAGAAAAGGCAUGUUGUAUAGUCAGUACAUGUAUGGUGUAUGUUAUGCAGUAGGCCAGUUUGACAAAACAAUACAAAUACUUUUUAAUAUUAA